AAUAUUCCAAACCAUAUGGGAAUAUCCUUCCAGGAACUUUAUCAACCGCGCAAUGUGUUUCGUGUAAAUUUUCUCAAGUUUUUAAUGAUACAUUUCUGAUAAAUCAUGAAAAUUGCAAAGAGAAAAUUAUCAGAAUUGCGUGUAGUUGAUUUGAGGAAUGAAUUAUCAAAAAGAAAACUCGAUACAACGGGAUUAAAACCCAGUCUUGUAAAGCGUCUCAAAUUGGCUUUGACUGAGGAGGAGAAGGAUCCAUCGACAUUUGAGUUUGUUAUAGGAGAGGAAGUGGCUUCUACAGCUGUUGUAAACAACCAAGAACCAGCAACAUCAAUUCCUCCUAAGGAGUCUAAGCCUGAAUCUCAAUUCUCUCAGGUAAUCCCCAAAAUUGAGCCAAAUAACAGUUCAACAGAGAUAGCUAUCGAAGCUAUUGAAGGUAAUUCAAAAGAUCAAACAGACAAAGAUGAAGAUAUUACCCUCAGUGGCUUCGAAGAGGAUCGCUAUAAAAUGCUCUUGGCUUUGGGGCACGUAGCUGGAUAUCAAACAAAGUUGCUUGCGAAAAAAAGUGUAAGUGAAAAGAGAUCUAACUCUGAAGAUUCCUCAGACUUUCCUCGGGCCAAGAAAAUUAAAAUAGAGCAUGAAUCCAGUUCAGCAAUGCAGCCAAUUCAGCAAAAAACUAACAAUGUUGCUGUCCAGAAAUCUCACACUGAGAAAUCCCGGGAGGUUCGAAUAUCCGAGAAUAUUAAAAUAAAGUCUGAUCCCAGCCCAGGAAUACAUUCUGAACCUCCUGCAAAGCCUAUUGCUGACAAAAAGCAGACAAGUGACUCGAGUAAUUCUUCAAAAUCGGCUAAAUCCAAGAAACAGGAGAAAUCCAAAAAACAGGAGAAACACGAAUGCAACAAAAACAACUCAAAAGCACCUCCAAAGCCUCCUAAGUCAACCACCGCUGCUGACCACAGUUUCAGUGAGUUCAGUCAAGAAGCGAAAACAGUGGCAGUAGGCAUUGUUCCAUCUAACUUCCCCACAAAAACCCUGACAAAAGCACAGAUGAAUAGCAUCCAGGAAGCAAUUGAUUUUCAGGUGCUAAAUCAAAAGAAUAAAUCUUUCAAGCCGAAAUUCUCAGGGAUUGAAUUCAAGAGUGACUGGUUAUCACUGAAAUGCUCAAAUAGAGCAACAGCGGAAUGGUUGAAAAUGGCAGUGAAGGAUAUAACUGUGUCCCAGGAGUACAAAUUGAAAAUGGUGGAAGGCAAGGAAUUACCUGAAGACCAAAUGAUUGAAACAACUUUUCCAGAGACUGCCCAUAUGGAGACAGCAACUAUCCUUGGGUUCAUUGAGAGUCAGAAUGAGAAUUUACAGACAGGAAAUUGGAAGAUACUACGAAGGCAGCAAAAGACUACUUCAUCCAUCAUGACAUUCUCUGUCUCUCAAACGGUCAUAAAAGAGCUCAAAAAUUGCGGCUACAAAAUCCACUUCCGCUACGGAACUGUUGUCUUCAACCGGAGAUAUAUCCCAUUGACGGACACUCAAAUUGAUAACCCAACAAAAACUCUUCCUAUCCAAAACCAGCCGAAUCCGCCCAAACCUACGGCGCCCAAACCUACAGAGGACAAAUCCAAGGCAUCAGUGGUGACUCAAGCAAAGCCUACGAAUGAUCCCAAGCGUCCCAUGACUGAAACGCAACGUCGGAGAAAACGUAGGAAGAUUAAAGCAACAAUGGCAUCCAUGAAUGCAUUGGAGGGAAAUAAAAACCCUGCUGCUGUCCCUCAAAAACAGAAGGGUAACACUGUGAAAGAAAAACACUCCAAAAAAUCUCGUAAGCCACAUUCAAGUUCAUCUCGAUCUCCUGUUCCUCCACGGUCUCCACCAAAUAUUUGUCUAGCAUCAUCAUCAAGAGAACGAUCUCGCAAUUCUCCGAUCUCAGGGGACUCGAGGUAUUAUUCUCAUAGCGAAAUGAAGUAUACUCAUGGAGAUUGCAGUGAUGAUUCUGACAUGUGGACACGAAGAAGAGCAAUUGAUAAUUCUCCGCCCAGACAAAUAUCCAGAGAUUCAGGUUCAUACAGUAUGAGGAGUCAUCAUGAAGAGAAUGAUUACAGACGGAGAGAUUUGUCUCGAGAAAGACAAGAAAGUGCCCCUUCUUUAAGAACAAAACGCUUGAGAAUUAAUCCUGAAAUAAACAAUGUUUACGAUCGGGAUAGAAGCAGGUCACCACAGGAAAUAACGUUGUACCGAGGAUUUUAUCCUCCUUUUCUUUAAAGUUUUGUAGGGGCCGGACGUGCCUUGACAUCCACAAAGCCCGAGGAUUUUACCCCAAAAAUUGGCCGUGAUCAUUCUUACGGAAUUCGAGGCGAAAUGAACACAGCGUGAUUUGUAACUUUUUACGAGGUUGAAGCUUUUCCAGAGAGGUUUUCGGAUUUUCGUCUCUUCUUUAUCUAGUUCAGGCAGGAUUAUUUAUCAGGGAAAACAGUAAAAUUAAUUUGAAUUGAAUUUUUCUUUAAAUAAAAUACGUUGAAUA